AUGUCUGAAGAAAUAUCAUUAUCUAUAGAAGAAACGAACAAACUCAGACUUAAAGCCGGAUUGAAACCGAUUCCAAUACCGCGACAACAGCAACAACCUAAAGAUGACUCCAUCAUAGAAUUAUCAAUAGAGGAAACUAAUAAACUACGGAUAUCAAUUGGACUAAAACCAAUCCCAAUUGAAAAGUCCCAAGAGGAUAUCGAGAUUGAAAACUAUAGGAAAUAUCAAGAACAAAAACGGGCACAAGUCGAAAUCCAGAAUGCAAGAAAAAGAAGACCCCAAGAAGAAACAAUGAUCAUACCUGAUCGAAUUGAAAGUGAAGGGAUUGUGGAUACUGAUGAUUGGUUGAACAAUCUAGGUAAACCAUCCAUCAAGAAGCAGAAGAAACCCCUCCUUACAAAGUCGAAUAAGACUGAUGAUAUAGAUAUUAAAGAGACUAGAAUAGGUCAUACUGGGAAAGAAUUGCGACAAAUUCACAACGAGGAGAUCCUUACACUUGCAGACACUGAUAUAAUUAAUAAUGAAGAUGAAGAUGAAGGUGAUAUCUUGACUAAUGAAAGACUUUUAGCGGAGGCAAAACUCAAACGAGACCUAGAUGAGAAGAAACAAGCAGAAAGUGUUAAAUAUAGCGGAAGGCGAUAUCAAAAUCAAGAUGACAAAAGCGAGAGUGAGGAUGAGGAUGAAGAAGGGGGCAGUGAAUAUUUGACGAAAGAGAAAUUAGUCAUGACUGGAUCUGAGAUUGUUCUUCCAAAGUCGAAAGACGUUGAUAGGAGUAAGAAGAGUAAUGCUGAUAUGAAAUUUGGUGAUUUAUUUGAGGAAUUGGAUACAGUUGAAGAAGUCAAGAAACCAAAGAAUGUCAUAAAGAUGAAGAAAAUCAAACAGAAAAAGAAUUCAUCUAGACCAAAAAUCGUUUCAGAAUCAAUCAAGACUGAGCCAAUCGAAUUGGAAAACAUUGAGGUUGAUAUAGAAGACGAAUAUGAAGAAUUACAACAAGCUAUUAAGUCUAGUCGGGAGUCUAAACAGAAGAGUAAGGGUGCUUUGAGUGUUGAACAGUUGGCUUAUGAAAUAGCUGAGACUAGGAGAUGGGAGUUUGAGAAUAAGUUAGAAAAAGAGGAAUUUGAUACAUUUGAUGAUACGUCGGAUUUUUUGAAUAAUUUGGAUAAGAAAGUUUUGUCUAAACAGGAAGAUGAAGAAGAGCCGCACUUAAAGAUCAAAAUUGAUAGUGAUGGUGUUGAGGAUAACGGUACUAAGGAAUCCCUUGAAAAUGGAGCGAGAGAUGAAAACAAGCACGAUGAACAUGAAGACGAGGAUAGGACUACAGCAGAGCCUGAAGAAGGACCUAAGUUUAAUAGAAGUUUAGCGGAAACACUAAAGUUUCUUCAUGCAAAAAAUCUAGUUUCUAAGGAAACUGACUUAGAAAAGAAGCAAGAAUUAGAACGGAAAGAAGCUGCUAAACAAUCAGAAUUACUUCGAAUUAAGAUUGGAAUUGAAGAAAGAAUAUUACGAGAUGAAUUGGAAAAGGAUAAAUCAUAUAUGAAACUACUGAAAGUAGAUCGAGAAGUUAUGUUUAGUAAGGAAUUAGAUAAACGUUUAGUAUCUAAGGGUAUAGUGGUUGAUAAUAAUACCAAUAAUAGACUGUAUGAUAGAAGAAUCAAUGGGAAUAAGAAUACAAAUAAGAAGAGUGAGAAUAAGCUUAAACAAUAUAAUCCAAAGGUACUGUUAAGUUAUAAGGAUGAUGAGGGUAGAAUCCUAAAUACUAAACAAGCUUAUAAACAUUUAUCACAUAAAUAUCAUAAUACUGGAUUAUCUAAAAGAGGUAAGACUGGUGGUAGUAGCAGUAGUAAAGAAGUAAGUGAAGAUAAUAAUAAGUCACUUGAAGGUACAAUUAUUUAG